AUGAUGAAAGCAAAACAACUACUUGUGGUUGUAUUUUUGUUGUCUCUAUUCCUUUUAAUCAUUCACACAACAGAGUCACAGUCCAUACCAGACCAUGAAGAGAACGCUUACCUUAACGCAGAAGCUCUGACCGUAAAGGAACAAAAGCAAUCAAACAGAGGAAGACGCAGAGGUAGCGGUCAGAACCGUGGACGCAGAAACUGCGAUCCUCUGUAUCAAUACUUAUUCGGAACCUGUGGCCAUUGGCCUUUCCCUACAACACCCUCACCGGAGAACCCCUUUCUCCCUUUCCAACCCCCGCGUCCGCCACCACGUCCUAGACCGCGUCCAAGGCCGUCCCCACGUCUGCCACCACCGUUGGUCCCAUCACCACCACCGCCACUGCGCCCACGUCCAAGGCCGCCCCCAUGUCUACCGCCGCUUGUGCCGUCUCCACCGCUUUUGGUUCCAUCACCGCCGCCACCUCCACCUACACCGCUCGUUCCUUCGCCACCUCCUCCCUCUCCGCCACCAUUUUUCUACUUCCCUUCACCGCCACCGCCUACGAUAGUGUUUCCACCGCCUUUGGUGCCGUCUCCUCCGCCGGCACAAACAGGUGGAAGUCCGAUGACACAGCCCCCGCCGUUAUGGCUACCACCACCAGCAUUUCAAUACGAAACGCCGCCUAUGUUCCCUCUUCCACCGCCGGAGUUUGAGUUUACACCUAUGCCGCCAAUAACUUGGCUGCCUCCUCCUGAUGUUCCCGCCCAGUUCUCAACGGCGGAGGCCGUUAAUCAGAUUCCUUCACCGUUAAUGGAAUCCCCUCCGCUCAAACACUAG